AUGGGACAGAGAGCAGCUCAGGCAGUUUUCUUCGAUCUGGACAACACGCUUAUUGACACGGCUGGAGCUAGCAGGAUCGGCAUGUUGGAGGUGAUAAAGCUCUUACAAACAAAAUACCAUUGCAAAGAAGAGGCUGAAAUCAUCUGUGAUAAAGUUCAAGUUAAACUCAGCAAGGAAUGUUUUUGUACUUCCAACAUAUGCAUUACUGAUCUAAGGAUUUCAUAUUGGGAAGAAGCUAUCCAGGAAACAAAAGGUGGUGCAAGAAAUAGGAAAUUGGCUGAAGAAUGUUAUUUCCUGUGGAAAUCUACACGUUUACAGCAUAUGACACUGCCAGAAGAUGUCAAAACCAUGCUCACUGAGCUUCGAAAGGAGGUCCACCUGCUUCUAUUGACUAAUGGAGACAAACAGACCCAGAGGGAGAAGAUUGAGGCUUGUGCUUGUCAGACCUAUUUUGAUGCUGUUGUUGUAGGUGGAGAGCAGAAAGAGGAGAAACCAUCAGCUUCCAUAUUUUUCUACUGCUGUAAUCUUCUGGGGGUACAGCCUGGUGACUGUGUGAUGGUUGGUGACACACUAGAAACUGAUAUACAAGGAGGCCUCAAUGCAGGACUGAAAGCAACAAUCUGGAUAAAUAAAAAUAGGAUAGUGCCACAGAAGUCAUCUCCUGUGCCCCAUUAUACAGUUUCUUCUGUGCUAGACGUACCUGCUGUCUUACAGUGUAUAAACUGCAAAGUCAGUAUGUCAGCUUAA